AUAAUUGGAGCAGGCAUUUUUGUGGCCCCCAAAGGGAUAUUGAAGUACUCGUGCAUGAACGUGGGGCUCUCGUGCAUCUGGGCUGGUUGUGCCUUAUUGCCCAUUAUGACCUCUCUCUGCUCCGCAGAGAUAGGUAUAGCCUUCCCAUGCUGUGGAGCUCACUACUAUUGUCUCAAGAAGUGUUUUGGCAGCUUGAUCUCUUUCCUGAACCUCUGGAUAACCUUGUUUCUGGGGCCAGGGCUAGCUGCCAGUCAAGCUCUACUCCUCGCUGGGUACAGCAUCCAGCCUUUUAAUCACUGCUCAGCCCCAAAGCUGUCAAAGAAAUGUCUGGCCCUGGCCAUAUUGUGGAUUGUGGGAAUCCUGAAUUUUCAUGGUGUGAAAGAGGUGUCUUGGCUUCAGAUAUCCAGCACCAUGCUGAAAAUGGCCAUACUGGUUAUUUCCCUAAGUGGAGUAGUGUUGCUGGUGAGAGGGAGGAAGCAGAAUCUGAACUCCUUCGGUGCUGAGUUUCCAGAAGCCUCCCAAUUUACAGAAGCUGUCUUCCAAGGAUAUUUUUCAUAUUCAGGGGAGCUGAAGAAACCCAGGAAGACAAUUCUAAAAUGCAUAUUUACUGCAUUCCCUCUGGUGAUUAUUGUUUAUUUACUUGUUAACAUUUCCUACCUGACUGUUCUGACACCCAAGGAAAUUCUCUCUUCAGAUGCUGUGGCUAUCACAUGGACUGAUAGAGUUAUCCCCUCAUUAACAUGGGUUAUUCCUUUUGGUAUUUCUGCCUCAUUAUUUAGCAACCUUCUGAUUAAUGUAUUUGAAUCAUCAAGAGUAAUAUACAUUGCAGACCAAGAGGGCCAGCUGCCUUUGUUAUUUAACAUACUUAAUAUUUACUCCUCUCCAUUUAUGUCUGUGCCACUACUUGUCAUUAUGGCGUCCACUGCGGUUGUCUUGACAAACCUAAUUGAUUUGAUAAACUAUCUUUAUAUUGUAGUUUCUAUUUGGUCUGCCUUAUCAAUGACAGGAAUACUAAAACUGAAAUACCAAAAGCCCAAUCUACCUCGACCUUAUAAGGAACUCCCUCUUAAAGAACUCAUGCCUUCUAAACCAGAAGAUGUUUAUCCUACUGGCAAAUGGUCAUGA